AUGUUACAAUGUGACAUGGGUACGGUAUUAGAUAUGGACAGGCUAGUAGAAUUACUGGAGAGAAACUGCACAUGCCAAGAUAUAACACUACAGAGUAGAUUCUUCAACCAUCACAAUGAUACCAAAGUCUACGCGGAAUGUACUGACUUCCCUAUUAAACACACCUUUAUGGUACAGGUCUUUUACAUGUUCAUGUUUAGCUUCUUGGUUCUGGCUUCUGUUGGUGGGAAUUUAACUGUGGCGUGGUAAGUUUUGAUAGAAUUUUGAAAAUGGCAAAGAUUUUCUUUUCAAAACAAAAAAUGGCAAGAACUUUCUUUACAAAACAAAAAUGGCAAGAACUUUCUUUACAAAACAUAAAAUAGCAAGAACUUUCUUUACAAAACAAAAAUGGCAAAAACUUUCUUUACAAAACAAACAAAUGGCAAGAACUUUCUUUACAAAACAAACAAAUGGCAAGAACUUUCUUUAUAAAACAAAAAACGACAUGCAUAUUGCACGGUGCAAUUUUUUUGACUGCACGGUGCAGUAAUUUUUUCAAAAUUUAAUGUGACAUUAUUUAAGAAGCAAUUUUCUUCAGAACUAUUUUAGUAGCUUUUUACUAUUCUACAAUAAAUUUGAAAACUAUAUUUAUUACCAGUAAUUAUUUUAAAAUAACACAAGGAAAAAAGAAAAAAAUUUGCACUGUGCAGGGAUUUUUCAAAAAUUCAUUAUGCUGUUACUUUUAAAGAUACUAGUCUAAACCUGAAUUUACUUGGCCUUUUUAAGUACUUAGUACAAGUUACAGCGAUUUGUUAUCUAAAGUUAUUUUGAAACGGCACGUGGAAGAAAUGAAAAAUUGUUGCACAGUGCAGUCUCUUUUUCAAAGAAAUUAAAAAACUGGCAUCACAAAAUUAAAAAUGGUAAUAACUUUCCUUACAAAACAAAAAAUGGCAAGAACUUUCUUUACAAAACAAAAAAUAGCAAGAACUUUCUUUACAAAACUAAAAAGCAAAAACUUUGUUUACAUAUAAAAAACUUAAAUUUUUCUUCAUUUUCAGGAUAGUACUACGACACGAGCGAAUGCGCACAGUAACUAACUACUAUCUCUUCAACCUGGCCAUAUCUGACCUUACUAUCACAAUACUAAACACAGGUUUCUCGAGUGUGUACAACCUGUACUACAACUGGUACUUUCCCGACUGGUACUGUGCGUUCAACAAUCUUAUGGCCAUUACUCCAAUUUGUGCUUCUGUCUUUACCAUGAUUGUCAUGUCAAUAGAUAGGUACAUGGCCAUCGUAUACCCAUUGAAACGACGACCUGGUAAAAGGUCGACGUUAACUAUAAUAUGUGCUAUAUGGGUUCUGGCCUUCUUGUUUGGCUUGCCAGCGUUUUUGUUCAGCAAAAUGGAGUAUCACAUAUUCAUGAAUGACUAUGACAAAACUGUCAUCAAGGACAGUUUGUGUUUGGCUGACAAGUUUCCUGAUGGUGAUGUGAAGACUAGCUUGCUUUUCAAUGUGUAAGUUCAGCGGUUUAGUAUUGCUGAGUAAAGUAAGGUAAAGCAGGGUGGGGUAAGGCAUGGUUCUGUAACGGUAGAGUACUAAAAAAAGUAUUGUACGGUAAGAGCGUGGUAAUAAAAAAGUAAAAUUUUGUAAGGGUAAAGUACUGUGCAACAGGGUUCUGUAGGUAGGGUAGGAAGAGGUAAAGCAGAGUAGAGUAGUAAGGUAUUGAAAGGGUACGGUAAGAUCAAGAUACAGUAAGAUAAAGUACGAUAGAAGAAAUAGCAGGUCAGGGGACAGUAAAAUAGGGUAGGUAGGGUACAGCAAUUCAAGGUGCGGUAAGACAGGAUCGGAUAGUAUAUUAGGGUAGGGUAGGGUAGGGUAGGGUAGGGUAGGGUAGGGUAGGGUCGGGUAGGGUAGGAUAGGGUAGGCUAGGGUACGGUAGGGUAAAACGACUUGGGGUAGAGUACGUAACAUUGAUAAAAUUGUAAAUUUUCAGCUACAACCACUCAAUAAUAGUAAUGCAGUACGUCAUACCACUACUCAUACUCAGCUUUACGUACGGGCGUGUUGUGUACGUACUACGUCAAAAUACGACAAUCGGAGAUACUCGGAAUGCCGAAAGUGUCAGAACAAAACGAAAAGCGGCCAAUAUGUUGGCACUAGUUGUAGUAACUUUCGUACUGAUGUGGCUACCGUACAACGUUUACUUUUUGUUUUUAACUCAAGAAUUGGAGAACGUGCUUAGUUUCCAAACGACACUGUACGUCUACUUGAACAUCUACUUUUUGGGAAUGUCAUCUUGUGCGCUGAACCCGAUUAUUUACUAUUUUAUGAAUGAACGGUAAGGUUUUUUAUAUUAUAGUAGGCUGUUGAGGGAUGGUUGAUAUAAAAAAUAGAAAAAAAUACUAGGGUAGGGUACAGUAGAGUAAGGGAGGGUAAGGUAGGGCAACCAAAAAUGGCAAACAAAUUUUUUUACACAACAAAACAUGGCAAUAACUUUCUUUACAAGCCCAUAUUAAAGAAUUUCAACUUUACUUAUCUUAUAACAUGUCACCCGCAGGCUGCGCCAUCUAAAACCGCCUUUUGCCAAGAACUUUGUUUACAAAACAAACAAUUGCAAGAACUAUCUUUACAAAUCAAAAAAUGGAAGGAACUUUCUUUACAAAACAAAAAAUGGCAAAAACUUUCUUUACAAAACAAAAAAUGGCAAAAUCUUUCUUUACAAAACAACAAAUGGCAAGAACUUUCUUUACAACUCAAUUUUUAUAAAUAUUUUGUUUUCAGAUUCCGUCUGGGCUUCCGCUACGCGUUCCGUUGGUUACCGUGGGUCAAAAUCAAACGAGAAGAAUACGAAUCCGUGUUCAUGAGCGAUUCACGUGCAUCCCACCUGAAUCCGCGACACUCAAAUGCACAUAACAUUGUGUACAGUACGACGUUGACUCAGAAGUCGGGACAAUGUUCUCCUGUGCCGUUGUAG